GCCUCGAAAGAGCCUCCUUGUAGCCUCCCUGAUAGGUCUUAUCAUUUUCCCCGGAGCCAGCCCUGGUCCUUUAUCACCCUUCUCGAUACCCAAGUGUUUAAGGCGUGACUUUAUCAAGGACCGAGUCGCUCGUUCCGUUUUCCAGAAAUCUCGGGAAAAAAGGAAUCGACCAAACCUAACGACAUGCCGUCAGUACGGCGGAUGAUCCUCGGCCACGUAAUGUCGGGCAUGUUCUCGAAAAUGAAUCGCACGAAGAAGCUGCAAGGGGACGUCAUGGAGACCCCCUUAAACCGGUGUCUGUCCACCUUCGACAUUACCCUACUAGGGGUCGGUCACAUGGUCGGGGCCGGCAUCUACGUCUUGACGGGAACCGUGGCCCACGACACGGCAGGUCCUGGGGUGGUGCUCAGCUUCCUUUUAGCAGGAUUGGCCUCUCUUUUGGCAGCCCUUUGCUAUGCCGAAUUCGGAGCCAGGGUGCCAAAAGCCGGCAGUGCCUAUGUCUACACCUACGUGACCAUCGGAGAGUUCUGGGCCUUCGUGAUCGGCUGGAACGUCAUUCUGGAGCACAUGAUAGGAGCCGCCUCGGUCGCGAGAGCUUGGAGUGGGUACGUGGAUUCUCUGUCAGGAGGUGCGGUCAGCAACUUCACGAAGCACACCAUAGGAGGAGUGUCAUUGGGCGAGCCUUUGGCCCACGUCCUGGAUCCCUUGGCGUCAGGACUCUGUCUGAUCUACGCGUUGCUUCUUGCCAUGGGAGUGAAGGGAUCCGCGGCAGUCAACUCCCUUCUGACCCUGGUGAAUCUAGGAGUCAUGACGCUGGUCGUGGUCCUCGGCAUCUACUACAUGGACAUAUCCAAUUGGUCCAGCCAAACCGGAGGUUUCCUGCCCUUCGGGUUCAGUGGGGUCCUGGCUGGAGCCGCCACUUGUUUCUACGCCUUCGUGGGAUUCGAUUCCAUCGCGACUGCUGGGGAAGAGGCUAGAGACCCUAGCAAGAGCAUUCCCCUAGCCACGGCGUUCUCCAUGGCCAUCGUCACCUGUGGGUACGUCAUGGUCAGUGGGGUCCUCACCCUAGUCGUCCCAUACUGGGAAAUAGAUCCGACAGCCGCCCUUCCCGAGGCAUUCUCCUCCAGAGGGAUCUACUGGGCGAAAUAUGUGAUCAGCGUGGGAGCUCUCUGCGGGAUGACGACCACCCUCUUCGGCUCCCUCUUCUCCCUUCCUCGCACCAUGUACGCCAUGGCCACUGAUGGACUGCUCUUCGGGUUCCUGGGAAGAGUCAACCAGCGGACCCAGGUGCCCAUCGUGAACCUGGCCAUCAGCGGCUUCGUCAGCGCCCUCAUCGCCAUGAUCUUCGACCUCCAGCAUCUCGUGGAGUUCAUGUCUAUCGGCACCUUCCUGGCAUACACCAUAGUCUCCGUGAGCAUCAUCGUCCUCAGGUACAGGCCAGAGACGACGAGUCCUGCUCGAUCUUCCACUUCUGGCACCCCGACCAGCCCCAAUUCUCCACCGACCGAAGGUGCAGACUCCAACAGCGACUGCAACAGCGUCGGCUCCACCGACUCCGAGCUUCUCGACGUCUGCCAUGUCACGGGAGCUCUCAGGCCCCAGUAUCUUUGGGUGAAGAACGUCCUGGGACACUGGGAACCAGGAACGGCUGUUGUCGCCUCCACCAAGCUAUUCAUUGCUGUCUGCAUUUCUCUCAGCUUCACUCUCUUCCUGUUAUCCCAGGAUAACUACUCUCCCAGCUGGUGGGACUACUUCAUGCUCGUCAGCCACGUCCUGAUCCUGGCGUUCAGUCUCUCGGUGAUCGCCGUUCACCAGCAGAGCCCUAACACAGGGAAAUUCAGGGUGCCUCUGGUUCCUUUGGUACCAGCCCUCAGCAUCUUCUUCAACAUCACCUUGAUGUUCCAUCUUUCUCUCCUCACCUGGCUGCGCUUCCUCGUUUGGAUGGUCGUGGGCAUGCUCAUCUACUUUCUGUAUGGGAUCCACUACAGCAAAGAAGCUGCUGGACCGAAUUCUUACUCGAUCCUGAUGGCCUCUUCCGAGGCGGAAAGAGGAGCAAAGUGGGGAGCGACGUUACGGGUCGGGCAAAAAAGCGACAAAGUGCCGAUUUUGAGUUCCGAGGAGGUACACCAUUAAAAUGGAGAUGCCUUUUUCGAGCUGAGGAAGGCAUUUGAUAUAAAUUCAGAGGUCCCCAGGAUCUGGAAUUUCGCACCCCCGGGGGGAUAAUGUAAUCUGCCAAUAGAGUAGGGAUAAAUUUUCGGGAUAUAUGCCGACAUUGGAUUAGAAAGUUAAUCCUCGAAGUGGGGAAAAUUAUUCCCUCCCAAAGUCGGACUGAUUUUGAAUUUUCUUUUAAUUUCUUUCUUCAUUUCAAUAUCACCGUAAGCCUCAAAAUUCUGGAUGGUACUUGUUACUAUUUUUUGGAGCCAGCCCCGGUGUCUUUCAAUUUCCCAGCUAGACGUGAGUUAAAAAAUUGAUAAAGUGAGGAAUUAAUUGAAGGGAAAUAAAAAAUUAAGAUUGACCAAAGGCAGGCACUGAGGAAAGUAUGGGGAAGCUCUCGAUAAGACGUCGGUGCCUUGGGAACAGGUGGAUUAAUUUUUGUGGGAAUUAAUCUCUACCGAUGAGGAAACCUUGACAAUAGAUCGCACAUUAGAGCGAGAUCGUACAUUUAAGAGGACCGGAUGAAAGGAUUAUAUUGUAACAAUUCCAGGGUGGGGAAUUUCUUUUUUAUAUAAAUUAAAAUUCUAGAUACUUAGAGGUCCGACCUUGGAUAAAGAAAAUUCGGUGAAAAGUAGCGUUUGCUAUCACUUUGUACGCACUGAUAAAUCCUCUUCAAGGAGUCCCUCUUUUCAAAGAAAAUGGGGGAAAAGAUUUCGAAGGAAAGAAAUUGGAAGUAAUUCCUCUAUAUAAAGGAAAUGUAAGAAAAUUAAUGUCGCACGCCAAAGAGAACGUUCAUCGCAAAUCGCAGGUAUACAUACAUGUACAUUGUACAUUAUUAAUUAAAAGAGUCUAUUAUUAUAGUAACGAUAAGUCGCUGUCGGUAUUGGGACGACUUGUUAAUAAUCGUCCGAGAUCUGUAAAUAAUGUGCAAUUUAUAUUGCAAAUUAUUCGUCACCUUGUCUUGAUGAAAAAAAAGUUGAUCGGAGGGAAGUCGAGAAUUUCAACUUGAAUGGUGCAUACCUUUAUCCUCGAAUACAAAUAUUAAUAAUUCGAUGUAAUUUAAUCUCUUCCCACGAACGGACAAAUAUUUCAAAGACUUUGUAAAAAUAGAUAAAGAAGUCGUUUCAAUUAAGUGGAACUGAGGUAGGCAUUUGCACAAACCAAGUGCACAAAGUAUUUAUGUAUAACGCAUUAAAUGUAAGCAAGAAUUAUUUAUUCUACACGAAACGUAUUUGUUGUAAUAGUUGCGCAGAAUAUUUACCUGUAAACUAAAAUACUGUGUGUGAACAAUUUAGAAUUUCUCUGGUCCAACGCGCAGUCAAACGUCAGAAAGUUUAUUAAAAAAAGAAAUAAGGUGUACCACUUUAUCGACCAAAUUUUAUUAACAUUAAUCUGUAAGAGAAGCACAAAAAUGUGGGCGAGUUAUUAAAAAUCUCGAUGUGUAAAAAUCCUUCAAGUUGCAACAUUCAGUUCGAACGUCUCAAAAUCCGUUAACAAUAAUCUCGCGAAAGUAUAUUGUUAGUUAAGACGAAUUACUUGUCCCCGUGUCAAAUAAAGCAAUGAUGAAUAUAUAUUUAAGUAAAACCCGGUUUUAAAAUUUAAACCUCGAACUGUGUCACAUAAAUUAAUAGUCCUUAUCAAGCCGACGCGGAAUUGAUAAACGAUUGGGAAAUAUUUCACGCUUAAUAUGGGUAUAAUCUUCGAGAAUUGACAGAGAUUUAACAAAUGCGUCAGUUUUCCUCAAACCGAGAUCGCCGAUAAUUUUCCAUUUUGCAAUAAACGUCCGUAACUUCUUGCUUAAUAAAAAUCGGACUCUUCGAAGCGAUCUCGACAUUCGAGUCUCGCGAUUUCUCGAAGCGAAGUCUAAAAUUCUGAAGAACCCACCACGCUCGCAAAAUGUUUUUGAAAAUGUUUAUAAUUGUCGCUUGCAGUGCCAUUGUCACUGCAAAAAACCUCGAGCACAAAGAAACUGUUAAUGUCGCACCGACGACGGAAUCGAGCACCACUUCAAACCCGGUGCAUAGCCGAGGAGUGGAGGAAAAGACCGCGACUGCGGUGAACGGAAGUACUUCGACUUUGACGUCAACUGAGAAACCGGAAGUGACGGAAUCCUCGUCUAUCCAGCCCACGAAGAGGUCCUUGAAGAAUAAUCCUGAAAUCAACCUGCAGCCAGGAUGCUGCGGAUAAAGGAUUUUCAAUCUCAAUUCCCUGAAUUACGACGAAACCUGGACUGGAAUACGACUCUAAAUAAAAGGCUCCGUUUAUUUCCUAAAAUCAAUAUAUAAAUGGAAUGAAUAAACGCCGAGAAUGAAGAAUUAUAAUCCUGAGGGAAUCAUUUUUUGUACAUUUCUCGGUUAUAAAUACAACACACCUCCCCUUGCAAGUCCA